GUAUCUGGAGCAGAUGGCGCUAGAAUCAGACAAUCUCUAGUUCUGGCUGUCACAAGAGUGCUUUGGUUAGGUUAUUAUUACGUGGCCAAAUAAUAAAUACAAGCUAAUGGUCUUAUAGUUUAUGGAAAGCAUAGCAAAAUGUUAUCCAAAUUUAUCUGUGUUCUCGUAAUCCUGGGCUCGUUGCUCGGCUCAUCUUUGGCGUAUUUUAUAACUGUGGACGCUCACGCUGAAGAAUGUUUCUUUGAUAAAGUGGAGGCUGGCACCAAGAUGGGUCUCACUUUUGAAAUUGCUGAAGGUGGUUUCUUGGACAUUGAUUUCCGUAUUGUAGGCCCAGAUGGUGCAGUCAUCCACCAGGGUGAAAGAGAAAGUUCUGGAAAAUACACAUUUGCUGCACAUGUUCCAGGUGUUUACACCUAUUGUUUCUCUAAUAAGAUGUCCACUAUGACUCCAAAAGUUGUCAUGUUCAAUAUGGCCAUUGGAGAACCUCCAAAACCAGAAGAGAAUGGUGAAGGAGAAAGUGCCACCAAGUUGGAGGAUAUGAUCAAGGAAUUGAGUGGAGCUUUGGCUAGCGUAAAGCAUGAGCAAGAAUAUAUGCAGGUCAGGGAUAGAAUCCACAGAUCCAUAAACGAUAGCACAAACUCCAGGGUAGUCCUGUGGUCCUUCUUCGAGGCUGUAGUACUAGUAUGCAUGACCGUCGGCGAGGUUUACUACCUGAAACGAUUCUUCGAAGUUCGAAUGGUCGUCUAAAACAAUAAUAUCUAUAUAUAUAUGAAUAAUAUUUAUAUAUGAACGGUUUUUCUCAAUUAAUUUUAUGUUACAACUGAAAGAAAAACUUUCUGCAUGAGUGUGUGAAACUGAAUGUAUGUCAAAUUUUGUAAACUAGAUCUUGUUUAUUUCCAUCCUUUUUUGUAAUAAAGUUAAUACAAACUUGAA